AUGGCCAAACGCAUGAAAAGAACACAACGCCUCCAAAAGCAAAACACUAUGAACCACCUCCCGGAGGACCUCCUCCUCCAUAUCCUUUCUUUCUUCGCCACACUAGACGCCGUGCAAACCUCUUUAAUAUCCAAAGAAUGGAAAUCUCUUUGGUCUCGCGUUCCCUCUUGCUUGUAUUUCUCCUACCAUCUCUUCCUCAAAACCAAGACCAACUCUUACGACAAGACCAACUCUGAUGAUGACAAUGCUGAGAUCUUUGCCGACUCCGUCAACCGCGCCAUCUAUACUCGUCGAUCUGCCAUCCAAACCUUCAGCCUGUCCUUCAUCUACGUUUACGACUACAUCGACCUAGUCGAAGACUGGAUACGCGGCGCCGUGACGCGCCUCCAUGCUAGUGAGCUCCACUUGGACUUCUUCAUUCACGAAGAGUAUCACGAGAAGAAGGUUCAAGAUGAUGAAUUCGCAGAUGCAGAGGAAGAAAGCUUUGGCCUCACGUAUGCGUUCCCUCUUUCGCUGCUGAACAAUGCAAGCAUGCAAGUCUUGAGGCUCACGUAUUGUUUUCUUGAGUGGCCUGAAGACAACAUGACCAUGAGUUUUGAGCUGGAGCUUAAGAACAUUCUGGGGUUGCGAAACUUGAGGAUAAUUAGACCUAGGCUUAAGAAGUUGAGUUUGCUUGAUUUCUCAGUUCUAAAUGGUGAGAACUAUCAUGUAUCGUGUAAAACUGCGCGCCUUCUCAGGAAAGCACGUAAUGUUCAGAAGCUCAAGCUUCUGACACCCGAGAAUCUCUUCCCUAAAACUUUGAAGCUUCGUAAUCUCAAAUAUCUAGAGCUUCAAACUGGAUAUACUCGAUAUGAUCUGGUUGGCAGGGCUGCAUUGCUCGAACGUUGUCCCAAUCUAGAGUCAAUGGUUCUUAGUUCAGUUUCCACUGUGGUAGAAGAUGGAAGUUUAACAGAGGAGGUCUUGAACAAACCAAUUGAAUUCAAGAUGCCUGCAGUCAAGCAAGUGAAGCUGCUAUCGUAUUCUGGUACGAUAGAAGAACAUGCUGCCAUUGAGAUUAUUCCUUUGCAGGGAACUGAGUUGGGGAGGAAUUUGACCCACCAGGUUGUUUCUAUCAAGACGAAGAGUGAUGAGUUUGAAGCAAUUGGAAAUAUUGACAGGAAUGGUGCCAGUAAGUGA